AUAAGAAAAAGAUAAGAUUGAGGAAUCAUGGUCGGCCAAAAAACAUGUCUAGAAUAUCUGAUUGAAAGAAACACCACAUUUCUUAAGAGAAAGAAUGAUCUUUUCCAGAAAGCAUGUGAGUUAUCAAUUCUUUGUGGUGCUAAAGUGUGUGUGUUUGGAUUCAGCCCUACUGGUAACCCAUUUGCUUUUGGAUCUCCAUCUUUCCAUGCUGUAAUUGAUGAGUACCUUAACGAAGGUCAAGAUCUGGAAGGAGAAUUAUCAAGGCAAAAUGUAAAACCUUCUGAAAAUGGAGAAAUCAAAAAGCUCUACACACAACUGAGGUGUGUAACCAAAGAGAUGAAGGCUGAGAAAAAGAAGAUGGGAAAAAUUGACAAAGGUAAUGUUUCCAUUAUCCUUGAUGAUCUUGGUUUUGAGGAACUUCUUAAAGUGAAGGCUUCGUUGAAAAAGCUUCAGGAUGAAAUUAAGGUGGCAUCAUCAUUGCUCCUCCUUGCAAAGAAACCUUAAUGAGUUUGAGUACCCUUGUAAUCCUAUUUUACUAUGUAGUUUGUUUCAUUCUCUUAAAAUAAAAAUGGCAGUGUAUGAGCCUCACUGGUAUGGAAGGCAAAUAAGGAGAAAAUCCAAUGUUAUAAAAAAUAAUUACAGAGAAUUUUAUGAA